ACUGAUUCUCUGUUUUUUAAUACACGCAACAGGGCCCUCUGACAGGUGCUACUCUAUUCAUACAGAUCCAAAUCGCCUUCAGAUGCUUAAGUCCAGUUUCAAUAUAGUGAGAGUGAUCAGAUUAGCACAAAAUUUCUGGUAUCACUACACCUACAGAUGGCUGGAAGAAUUGAUGUUCCAUCAGAGGAACAAGGCUAUGACAGAAUGCAAAUGCUAAGGUCGUUUGAUGAAACAAAAGCUGGUGUAAAAGGCCUGACAGAUUCCGGAUUGCUGAAAAUUCCCAGGAUCUUCGUGAGGCCAUCUGAGGAGCUGGCUCAAGAGUUGACAUGCAAAAAGACUCAGGUUCAAGUUCCUGUGAUUGAUCUGAGUGGAAUCCAGGACACUGAUAAGCGGAAGCGGGUUCUUGAAGAAGUAAGGAUUGCUUCAGAAAGCUGGGGGUUUUUCCAGGUGGUGAAUCAUGGGAUUCCUCUAACUGUGCUUGAUGGGAUGAUUGAUGGCAUCCGGAAAUUCAAUGAGCAGGAUGUUGAGGAGAAAAAGAAAUAUUAUUCCAGGGAUCGGACAAGAGGAGCAAGAUUUUAUAGCAGUUAUGAUCUGUUUAUGUCAAGAACUGCUAGCUGGAGGGAUACCUUGACCAUCUCGUUUUCGGACCCUGAUCAGAUUAAUCACGACGAAUUGCCUGCUUGUUGCAGGGACUCAGCUCUUGAAUACUCAAAACAUGUCGCAAUCCUGGGAAAUAUACUGCUCGGGCUACUGUCGGAGGUUCUUGGUCUCGGAACUGAUCACCUGAAAAAUAUGGAAUGCUCUCGGGGACACCGCCUCCACUGCCACUAUUAUCCGGCGUGCCCUGAGCCAGAACUGACCAUGGGGACAAGCAAGCAUUCUGAUGCUGGAUUCCUCACAAUUCUUCUGCAAAACCAAAUAGUCAGUGGCCUCCAUGUUUUGUAUCAGGACCAGUGGCUUGACAUUCAACCCGUUCCAGGAGGUUUAGUGAUAAACAUAGGCGAUCUUCUCCAGUUGGUAUCAAACGGGAAAUUCAAGAGCAAUGAGCACAGAGCCAUAGCCACCAGCAUCGGACCACGAAUCUCUGUGGCGUGUUUUUUCUCAGGACCUGUGAAUGGUGAUAAGGUUUAUGGCCCAAUUGAGGAGUUGAUAUCAGAAGAAAAUCCGGCCAUGUACAAAAAGGUUGCAAUAAGUGAUUAUGUAGCGAAGUUCUUCACCAGUAGUCUGGAGGAUUAUAGGGCUCUUGAUUAUUACAAGGUGUGAGAUGGGAAUGGAUAUCAAGUCACCGUUACCUGAGCUGAAUUCAUGGAGUCCGGUAAAUUAAGUUAUUUCCCUGUCACAUUGUACGCGUAAGAAUGGGAAACGUGCAAAUUUGUAUGUGAAUGUGGGUGUCAUUUAAAAUGUGAGUGUUUCUGGACUAAUAAUUGUGAUGGGAAGGGGUUUUGCAAUAAUGGGAGUCUCUAUUCUUGUAAAGACAAGGAUGUAAGAAUUGACGAAAAUUAGAUUGUCUAAUCUCAAGUUAACAUGUGGUUAUGCAGA